CAGACUUCUUUAUUCACACAGAGAGACACAUUUGACUUAUACAAGUCAACUGUCCUGCUCUCAUAUGCUCGGCUCAAGCCUUCAAGGCAGACCUCAGCAGAAUCCAUCAUAUCAGCUGUUUGGAUUCUGACGGCACCCAUUCAUUGCAGAGGAUCCAAUGGUGAGAAUGUGAUGGAAUGCUUUAUUUCUCCAAAUCUGCUCCAAGAGUGAGGGAUCAAGUGUCGAUGCUCUCUGAACAUGGCCAUUCUGCACAGGCCUCACAUGUGGAACAGUUUACUGCAACCCUGCUCCAAAUGAAAUGAACACAGACAGAGCAACAGACUGCAACUAAAAGAGAGAGACAGGCACAAAGAGACAGAAGAGAGAAUAGUCUACUUAUAAGCAUAUGUUGGAUUAUUGAGCAUCAAUUCUGAUCACUUGCUGAGAUCAUCUUCCUUCCAGAUCAGUGCAAUGAAAACGAACAAAUGUUUAUGAUGGAUUUACGAUUAUAUCAAAGAGAUUAGUAAGAUAAUUAUUUGUAUAAAACGUGUGAAGUGAAGAUAGAUAGAGAAGUGGUAAUUCACCGUCUCAACGAAAGGAACAUAGGACAAUCUUUGAUCACUGGAGGACCGCCCUCAUCAAAAUGGCAACCAAUAGGGAGAGGUCUGUGAGUCAUAUGACAGGGUUCUACCAAUUUGCCUUCAAUUCAAUGCGAAAUCACUCCCCCUUCAAUCUUCUGACCAAUGGCAGCCUAUUUGGACGAUUUGGGGCGGACCUUCCCAAAGAGAUGGCAGCUCUAUCGGUGGAGACCCAGAGCAUAAGCUCAGAGGAGAUGGUUCCCAGUUCUCCUUCUCCACCCCCUCCUCCUCGUGUCUAUAAACCCUGCUUUGUGUGCCAGGACAAAUCUUCUGGCUACCAUUAUGGGGUCAGCUCUUGUGAAGGCUGCAAGGGGUUUUUCCGUCGCAGUAUCCAGAAGAACAUGGUGUACACCUGCCACAGAGACAAAAACUGCCAGAUCAACAAGGUGACACGGAAUCGCUGUCAGUACUGCCGGCUGCAGAAGUGCUUUGAGGUUGGCAUGUCUAAGGAAGCGGUCCGAAAUGACAGGAAUAAGAAAAAGAAGGACAUAAAAGAAGAGGUGGUUCCUCCCGAAAGCUAUGAGCUGAGUGGAGAACUGGAAGAACUUGUUAAUAAAGUCAGCAAAGCACACAGGGAAACCUUCCCUUCACUCUGUCAGCUCGGGAAAUACACAACUAAUUCCAGUGCGGAUCAUAGGGUUCAGCUGGAUCUUGGACUGUGGGAUAAGUUCAGUGAGCUCUCCACAAAGUGCAUUAUAAAGAUUGUAGAGUUUGCCAAACGUCUGCCAGGUUUUACUUCACUCACCAUUGCAGACCAGAUCACCUUACUGAAAUCUGCCUGCCUUGAUAUACUGAUGUUACGGAUUUGUACUCGCUACACACCAGAACAGGACACUAUGACCUUCUCGGAUGGACUGACCCUCAACAGAACACAGAUGCACAACGCAGGUUUUGGUCCACUCACAGACCUGGUGUUUGCUUUCGCCGGGCAGCUCCUGCCUCUGGAGAUGGACGACACAGAGACAGGGCUCCUUAGCGCCAUCUGCCUCAUCUGCGGAGACCGCAUGGACCUGGAGGAACCUCAUCGGGUGGACCAACUCCAGGAGCCUCUGCUAGAGGCGUUAAAGAUCUACGCUCGCCAUCGACGCCCCAACAAACCUCACAUGUUCCCACGAAUGUUGAUGAAGGUCACUGACCUCCGAGGCAUCAGCACUAAAGGAGCAGAGCGAGCCAUCACGCUAAAGAUGGAGAUCCCAGGCCCCAUGCCGCCUCUGAUCAGAGAGAUGCUGGAGAACCCUGAGAUCUUUGAAGAGAAAUCGGACUCUAAAGACACUGUUUCUGCCCCCCUGCCACCUCCCGCCAUCAAACAAGAGAGGGAUGAAGAAUCUGCUCUGGAGGAUGAAGAAGAUGAGGAUGAUGAGUGUGCGGAGGAGGGACGGGACCAUGCAGGGGACAGUGAGGAUGAGGAAUGGGGACUCCUGCAAGUGGACAUGGGCGGAGCUAGAAAGAGUGCGGCAGGAAGAGCACAGUGACCG